GAGGCGUUCUUCAGCCCCUCGCCUCGCUUCGCAGUGCCGCGGGUAGUUCCUCCUCCUCGAGGUCGGAUGCAGAAGAGGCCAUACUCUGAAUUGGACGCAUGUACCGUUGUCACUGCAGUUCCACCAAAGAACAACAAGAAAGUGGUGCACACUACAUCUUCUGCAAGCAUCCAAGUGCCCGAAGGCUUGGACUUCUGCCUCCAAUGGCGUGAGUCCAGACUGGAACCAUGCUUAGUGGAAGAGAUUCAGGAUCCUGCAAGCAUUGAAUACUACUUUGGCCAGGUAUGCUUGGUUUGUCAAGCAGUUGUGUCAGUGAAGGGGUGGGCAGCCCACGCCAAUGGCAAAAAGCACCGGGAAAGGCUCAUGAUGCAGCCAGUGAAACUUAAAAAUGAAGUGGAAAGACCAUUGCCCUCGCCACCAUUCAACUUGUUGGGCGCAGAGCACUUCUUGUCCCAUGGCUCUUGGAGCCUCCAGGAUGAUGAGGGACAGUUCCCGGCAGUUUUGACCUUGGGUGAGAUGGACUUCUCCUUUUCGUUGGCAGUGGCAAGGCUGCGACCCCCUGGUACUGCCCUAGUCGCAACUUCAUUCCUGGCAGAGCAUGACCCCAAUGAGCCGGAGGUUCACCCGUCCGAUGAUGGCGAGCGGGCGGCCUACAAGCGUGUUUCCCUCCCGGGGAUGAAAGGCGCCUUGCAGAAAAACAUCAACGAACUGAACCAAUUGGGUGCGCAGGUGCUACACAGCGUGGAUGCCACGGAUUUGCAAGGCACCUUGAGAACACAAGGAAUCGAGGGUGGAUUCCACAUUGUGGUUUUCCCCUUUCCGCGUUAUUCAUUGAGCCGAGCACCAAAUCCCUGCAAUUCUCGGCUUUUGAGAGAAUUCUUCGUAAGUGCCAUGAAUGGAGUGGUGCUAGAAGGAGGACUGAUUCAGCUCGUGAUGCUUUCAUCGCAGUAUGAGGAUUGGGAUGUGAAUGGUAUGGCCAAUGAUGUGGGCAUGAAGCUGACAUCGAGAGUCCAACUUCCUCCAAAUUUUUAUCAGCCGCGUGAGAUGAGCGGGAAGCCAUGGGCGCCAUCUGGCGCAGAACUUUUAACCUUUGAAGCUGGCUAGCAGCCUACAGCAGCUUCCGGUUCUACUCGGUCCAUUUUCAGGCAAAGUUCCUGGAAGUGAUGCGUUGCAUGCGUGUCCGAGUGAUCUACCGUUGGAGUUUUAUUCAUAACACAAGUUGCUAAA